AUGUUCUUCAACUCGGACCUCCUCACCAAGCGCGGCGCGCUCGCGCAAGUCUGGAUGGCGUCGCACCUGACGACCAAGCUCUCCAAGUCGACUCUCAGCUCGACCUCGAUUCCAAAGUCCGUCCAGUCCAUCCUCGGCCAGGAACUCUUGCCUAUGGCGCUCCGUCUUUCGGGCCAACUGUUGCUCGGUAUCGCCCGCAUCUACGCCAAGAAGACGCGGUACCUCCUCGACGAUGCGCAGGAGACGCUCAACAAGGUCCGCAAGGCGUUCCAGAACGAGGGACGGGCCGCAGUCGACUUGCCUGAGGAUGGCACUGCGGGAGCCGACGAUGCGCACGGGAAGAGGGGAGAUAUUAAUAUGCGGAGGGAGGGAGGCGACUUGGAGGACUUGCUCGCACUCGAGUUCGCGGACAACGAAUGGUCCCUCGAGAAGCAUCUUGCCGCCGCCGCGAAAGACAAGGGCAAGGGCAAGGCGAAAAACACGACUGCCGACAUCCGCGACAUCACGCUCGACGAGGACUUUGGCGCGUACGGAGGCGCGCUCGACUUUGGCGGCGACGAUCUCGGCCUCGACUUUGGCGGUAUCGACGACAUGGGCUUCGACCCCGAGUUUCAGCUCUUCGGCGACGAUGAGCUGAAUGCGAUCGCUGGACCGAGUGGCGAGAAGCGCGGGACGAAGCGGGCGCGCGGAGAGGACGGCGAAGAGCGGGACGAGGACGACGUCUCGGUCGAACAAGGACGGAGGGACUCGGUCGCGCAUGCGUCUGAGCGUGGCUCGAUCGGCCCCUUCGACUUGUCGUUCAACAAGGACGCCGAGGGCGACAUGCAGAUGAACGAGGGUGACCUUGGCGGAUUCGACGCCGGCUUCGAGCUGGGCUUUGAUGCGCCCGACUUCAACAACGACUUUGGCGGAGGAUUCGACGAGCAGCGCGAGAAGACUCCCACGGCGCCCUCGAUUGCUGGCGAAGAUUCCCUGCAGCUCACGCCUCGCGCUGCUGCCGAAGUUGCAGCCCGCCAGAACGAGAAGCAGCCACCGAAGAAGAGGCAGAGGCAGCUUGCCGUCGACAAGGUCAUCGAGCUCGAGUGGCAGGCUGGCAGGCUCGAGGGCAAGGACCGGUUCAAGGAUCCCGAGUACCUCCCCGCCUCUCGCCUCCACCUCGCCCUUCUCAAUGCUCCGACCUCUGCCCUCCUCCCCAAGCCCCUCCCGAAGACAUCGAAGAACGCAACGGCUUACGAGCUCUUUGCGCCUCCCGGGCUCCUCGCACCCGAACUCCAGGACCUCUUCAAGAUGCCGACGCGGCGAGAACAGAUCCGUCUCGAAGGCCGCGAGCGAGUCAAGGACCGUGACGUCGAGCAGGGUCGUCGGGCGAUGAGUGUCGUCUCGAACCUCUCGCACCUCCGCGCCGCCGCUGGUCUCGACGGGUUCGACGCCGACCUCGACCACCUCAACCGGGACUUUGGCGGUGGAGAGGCGAACGACUUGGGCGGGUUUGAGCACGGCGACUUCCAGCUCGACCUUGACUUUCCCGCCGCGAACGACGGGCAGGACCCGCUCGCUACGCCCGCCAAGAAGAAGCAGCGGACGGACAAGGGUCGCGAGGGCACCGUUGACGGCCUGGCGACUCCCGCACAAUCGGUUCUCUCGGCUCUCGCAAAGGACGAGCUGCCGACGUACCACUCUGAAGGCCCUCUCGCCGUCUUUGACGACGUUUCGGCGGGCGUUGCCGCCUCGUUGGCCGGGACCGCGACGCCCUCGCAGUCGCAGAGCCAGGCCGGCGUCAGCCAGUCGCUCGGAACGGAGACGGAGGCUCUCGCUGCGGGCGCCGACAGCGUGACGCAGAAGAGCGGCAGCAUCAGUCUGCAGAGCAAGAACACGAGGAAAGCAGUCAGGGUGCUUAAGGACCAGGUUGGCGAGGACCCCGAGCAGCCUGUCGAGUUCGAGAAGGUCGCGGAGAAGGCCUCUCGCCGCGCCGCCGCCUCCUUCUUCUUCGAGCUCCUUGUCCUCGGCUCCGCCGACGUUGUCAAGCUCAACCAACCCUCAGCCUACGGCAACAUCGAGGUCCGCGCCACGGACAAGCUGCAGGAGAUUGCCGUCUAG